AUGCAGAAGCAGCAAGCGAGAGAUCCAGCUGCUCUCCAGAAGGACCAAUCACACAGCCGCUUCAAGAAGUGUUUGCGGUUCAACCCGGAUGCGACCGUUUGGAAGGCCAAGCAGCAGGUGCUAUGUUCUCUGACCGAUUCGUUGCGGGAUGUGUUGAACUAUGGCUUGUUCCAACCUGCCACCGAAGGCCAUGACGCCAAGUUCCUGGAGGAGGAGAAGAUGCUGAGAGAGUACCCACAAUCCUGAGAAGGGGUACCAUAUCUGGAGUUUCGUUAUAAGACCAGAGUGUACAAACAGACCAAUCUAGAUGAGAAACAGCUGGCUAAACUGCACACUAAGGCCAGUCUGAAGAAGUUCAUGGACUAUAUCCAAAGUGGCUCUGUGGACAAGAUGGCCAAGUUCUUGGACAAAGGGCUUGACCCCAACUACCAGGACCCUGACAUGGGAGAAACCCCCCUGACGUUGGCUGUGCAAUGUGAGCCGGGGGGAGGGGAGGCCAUACGGGGGCUGGUGCUGGGAGGGGCUCAUCUUGAUUUCAGGUCCAAGGACGGACUCACACCUCUACACAAGGCUGUCCGCAGCCACUGCCACACAGCCUUGCUGACCUUGCUGUCUCUGGGUGCGUCUCCAGACUAUAAGGACCGGCGGGUGACUCCACUCUACCACACUGUGCUGACAGGGGGCGACACCUCCUGCUGUGAGACCCUGCUCCACCACCGCGCCAAGUUGGCCGUCAGGGAUGAGAACGGCUGGGAUGAGACACACCAGGCCUGUCAGAAUGGCAACGCCCAGCAUCUGGAGCACCUUCUUUUUUACGGGGCAGACUCCACUUCCCAGAAUGCCUCAGGAAACACUGCCUUGCACGUUUGUGCUUUAUACAACAAGGACAGCUGUGCACGAAUUCUACUUUACAGGGGAGCCAAUAAAGACACAAAGAAUAACAGUGGGCAGAACCCAUUUCAGGUGGCUGUCAUGUCCGGCCAUUUUGAACUAGGAGAGAUUAUCAAAACCACCGGGACACAUAUGACGGGGUCUGUCAGCAGUAGCAAUACGCUUACGGCAGCAGGGGGCCAGCGGAGGCGUCUCUACAGCGCUGUCCCAGGACGUGUGUUUGUGGCCACGCGUUCCCACUCCGCCCAGGGAGACAGAGAGAUUAGCAUCAGCAAGGGAGACAAAGUCAAAGGUGUGUGUUGUGGGCGAGGAGGGUUCUGGGAGGGCACGGUUAAGGGACGGACCGGCUGGUUCCCCUCAGACUGUGUAGAGGAAGUGGCAGUCCGUAGCCAGGACAACCGCUCAGAGAGCCGCAGUGAGAAAGCCAAGAGACUGUUCCGCCAUUACACCGUGGGCUCCUACGACAGCUUCGACGCUCCCAGUGACUAUAUCAUCAAGGAGAAGACAGUGCUUCUGCAGAAAAAAGACAGUGAGGGUUUUGGCUUUGUGCUGAGAGGAGCCAAGGCUCAGACCCCCAUCGAGGAGUUCACUCCCACCCCAGCCUUCCCAGCACUGCAGUACCUGGAGUCUGUCGACGAAGGAGGCGUGGCCUGGAGAGCCGGUCUGAGAAUGGGAGACUUCCUCAUUGAGGUGAAUGGUCAGAAUGUGGUGAAGGUGGGACACAGGCAGGUGGUCAACAUGAUCAGGCAAGGUGGAAACGCCCUCAUGGUCAAGGUUGUCAUGGUGACACGCAACCCUGACAUGGAGGAUGGCCAGAGAAAGAAAAUCCCCCAGCAGAGUAAAAGACUAAGCACUCCGGCCAUCGCUCUCCGCUCCAAAUCCAUGACCUCAGAACUGGAGGAGAUGGGUAAGACAUGGGGGAUACGGGUUGGGUUCUGGGUAGAGACAGGAAAGACAAGGACAGAGGAGGGAGGAGACCAGGAACAUACGGAGAGGGAAAGAGCAUCUAGAAGGAAUACAAAGGAAUGUAGAGGGAGAUGUACGUCUGGAGAUGGAGAGAGAUGAUGAGAAGAGAAGGUGAAAGACAGGAGAGAUGGGUAGAGCUUAAGAUGCAUGAAGUGAAAAAAGCCAGAGAGGCCUAAAAGAAGAACCCACUAGGCACAGACGUCUGUUCCACGUUUCGACCAGUGUGUGCCCAUUGGGAAAGGAAAGGCACAAAGGGGAUACAAAGUCACAGAGAGGUGGGCUGUGAUGGACAGAGGGAAGAAAAGGAGGGCAAGCAAGAGAGGCAGAGAAGUGACACUGUCAUGUACUGUCUGAGUGUCCAGGGAAAGGUGUCAGAACCUUAAUGGUGACAGCAUUGUUAGGGUACCAACAUGGAUGAGAGUCUCAAUGCAUUUCACUGUUCUUUCAGAGGUUCCACACUGUCACUUCCAGCACCCCCACUACAGGUAACCCCUCAAACAAUGACCCCACCCACCCCUGAUCCUUUUCA